UGGGGCGGCCGGCUCCGGGCCGCCCGCACUAAGGAGCCGGGCCACAGGGGAAGGAAAAGACGAUCUGCCCUCCCUCCCCGAAGACCCGCAUGGCGGCCACCUCCUCAGCCAUGGCCCCGGCUCUGACCGAAGCCACCGCAGCUUCUGCGGCGGCCGGGCCCCGUGCCCAUGACUUGCUGUGGAGGCCGGAGGCAGGCGGCCGCCGCCGAGAUCUUGGGCCCGAGCGGCAGCCGUCUCUGGAGGAAGAGGCGGCGGCGCUGAGGGGCCGGCAGGCAGCGCUGUGGGGCCGGGCGCGGAGGCUGUGCCGUCGGCUGCAGGUGGUUCGGGCUCGGCAGGUGGAGCGGCAUGUCCGACAGCAGCUGGCCGGCCUCUGGCGGCACCUGGCCCCCGGGGCCGAGCCGCCCUCGCCGCCGGCGCCCCCGCCCUCGGCCAGGGCUGCGGAGCUUCAGCGACUGGUGGGCAGCGCCACCGCCCUACUUCGGGCUGUGCAGCGGGACUGCGACUCGGACGCGACCGAUACGGGCAGCGGUAGCAGUUGCUGCAGCAGCGGUAGCAGCAGCAUCGGCAGCGGCAGCAGCGGUAGCAGCGGUAGCAGCAGCUGUUCCUCCGGCGGGGAGGAAGAGGAGGAAGAGACGGUGCUCCAGAGCCAGGCAGGCCCGGGGCAGCCUCCGCGUUCGCAGCCCCCGCCGCCGCCGCCGCCGCCCGCACCCGCUGGGAACCCUAAAGCAGAGUGGCAGUGGGCACUGGAAAGGGCAGCAAUUAUAUGUCGAUGGACAUGGCUUCAGGCUCAGGUCUCUGACUUGGAGUAUCGAAUAAGGCAACAGACAGACAUCUACAAGCAACUCAGAGCCAACAAGGGGCCAGACUACUUGGGAACCCAACCAUGGUUGAGGUUUGCUGAGGCUUCAUUAUACAAGAGUCUCAGAAAACUCUGGCCUGGACUAACAGGUCCAGUUGUUCUUGGUGAAGCCCAACAGCCUGAAGAUUUGAUAAAACAGCAGUGCAGAAUGAUUGAUUCCUUGAAGGUGGAAAACUCCAAGGGGAAUUGGAGAAUUGAUUCUGCUCCAUGUAGUCCUUCUCUUGAACCUCAUAAUGUGGAUAAACAGAGUCCUCAACUUAUGCAAUCUUUGGGAAGUCCUAUGUGCUCAACUCCAUCCUUUUACCCUAUCAAUGGGACUUCUGGUCUUCCAAAAGACCACACAGCAACACACCACAUCAAUGGAGUGAUAAACUGUUCACGAUCAAAUUCCUUGGAUAGCAACUCUUAUACUGAAGAGACACUCAGUAAACGGAAGCGAUUGGAUUCUCCAGCCACCUCCCUCUCACCAUAUGACAGCAGUUGUAUUGCUGCCCGAAUCCGCCCUUUGUGCAGAUACAGGAAGCGCAAGCUGCUCCGGACCAACGCAGUCUCAUACCUCAGUAGAAAGCCACAGAAACCCCUUACCAUGAAGUGUAGCUGUGAAUGGCCUCAUGCUUGUAUCCUGUGUGAAUGUAAGACGUCUAUCAAGCCCAUAGAUGUUGAGACUAUGACAUUAAAGGAACGAAUCGCAGUGUUAGAUUCUGGCUUCCAUCCUAUUCUCUCACUUCCUCAUGGUAGCCCUCUUCACUUGCACUUUGAAGCCCUUCUGAAAGAGGACCGACUAACAUAUGAAGCUCUGAAAAUGUCUCCACUUAUUAAAGGUUCACGAGUUCUCACAGCUACAUACCCAGUGCUAACACCAUCUCUCAGCCUAACCAAUUCACCUCUUAAGGAAGGAAGACACAUUAAAGGAUCAGCAGCCAGCCCUAGCAUGUUUGCCUCCAGCCCACAGACACUGAAACCCAGUCCUUUGGAGCACAAUCUGUCACCUUAUAUUGUUGAUAGUUCUACAGCACCAUCAUCCAGCCAGCCCUCAACCAGUUCUGCCUUGCAAACCUCAAAGAAGAAGCGGUCAGAAAACUCCUAUGAUAUCGAUAACAUUGUGAUUCCUAUGUCCAUGGCAACUGCUGCUCGAGUUGAGAAAUUACAGUACAAAGAGAUCCUGACUCCAAGUUGGCGUUUGGUUGAAUCAAAAGAACAAGAGACAUUAAAUCAGAUGGAUUCAGAGUUAGAAGACACAUCUGAUGAUGCUUAUCGGAACCGUCACACCAAGUAUGAGGAGCUCGAGAGAGCACGCUGGGAUUCCUGGACAGCAGCUGCUAUUUCCCAUAGACGAGGGAACAGCAGAUCUUCCAAUAAAGGCGAAGGCCGAGGAGCUCAGCCUAUCCCUGCAACAAGCCUAGUAGUGUCCCAGCCAGUAUCUCCAGAUACAGCAUAUCAUAAUUUUAAUGAUCUGGCCCAUUCUUCCACUGGAACUUCUAGCCCUGAACCUUGCAGCUUGUUGCAGUCUCUUUCCAUCAAGGACAGGACUCCAGUGCCAUCUUCUUGCAGUGAAGACACCUGUUCCACUACCACUGAUAUUGGUGAUGAUGCAGCACAAAUAGUUCAACCCUGGGAGCGCCGUACAUUUCCUCUUUCAGACAUAUCUUGUCAAGCUCUCUUGGAUCAGCCUAAUAAGCUACUGCCUCCUGUCCCAAAGCCAUGGUGUUCAAGCAGAAAACCCAAUCCCAGGACUCAAAACAGCCCCCCGGAAUCUCGCCCUAUUCCCAGCAGUUUGCCUGAAGGACAUUGCCAAGCCAACAGCAACAGCUGCAUAGAGGAGUUCACAAGCCAUGAAUGCUUCUCAUCUAGGCUUCUGAAGAACAGAUGAUGCCUUGGGUUCCCAUGACAGGUGCUGUAUCACAUGCAGGCUCAUCUACUUCUGUUCAGUAUCCAGAGCUUGGCAGGUGAGCUAGCCCAGCAGAAGGGAGCCCAGGAGUAGUCACUGCUGCCCGGGAGACCAGUCAUAGGUGGACUUUGGGCUUCCCACUACCACAGGUAGGCGGGUUCCAGGAUAGGCGAAGUGUGGAGGCACUUUUAUGAGCCUUUGAAGUACAGGGAAAGGACCUGUGUAGUUUGGGAGAAACUCAUCCACUUAAAGAGUUUGGAGAGAAGGAGAGAAGGUCUGGCUGGUUUUGAAGACCAGCAAGUUUAGAGCUAUGAGGGCUAUGGCCCAUUUUAAAGAUUAGAGGAAAUUGGAAGAACCAGAUUGGAAAGAGUGGAUAUGCCUUUUGUAGAUUUCUGGUUCUUGGGCAUCUCAGGGUUGGUGAGUAUGCCCAAGAACACUCAGGCAGCUCUCAGGGCAUUUAGUCUGUGCUCUUGCAUAUAAGUAAGAAAUAGAGCCACUUUGCAGGGACAGACAAAAGCCAUUGCAGCCUCCCAGUUUUUUGGGGUUUUAUAUAUGCAUUCCCAGGGAGCUGAUUACAGUGCAGAUGCAGGUGUAUGUGGAGGAAAUGUAGAACUUCAAUGGCUGUUCUGUUCCCAUGGGCUCUGGGUUUUGUUUCUUUGUUGUCUAGCAUAAACAUGGCUUCAUGGCUCCUUAGAGUAGAUGAAGGUCAGGGUCUUCGAUGCACAUGGAUUGGGUUUUAUUAAGUUAUCUAGACACUUGAUUCCAAAUUUCUUCUAAGUUCCAUUGUUUGCAGUUUCUUGUCUUGAUAAUAAUUUCCCCCAGUCACAUCAUGAUUUAGAUGACUGGAGUUUCAUAUCCACAGUCUCUUUGGAGCCAUCCUUUUUGGAAAGGAGAGCUUCAUCUGUAUUGAAGAUAACAAGUUAAGUUGGUAAGACCAGUGAAGUUAAAGAAGCGGCAGAUUUCUUGGUAGAUGCUAGAAUUAACAUGCUUUCUUCAAAUCCCUGCAGGGAAAUAAAUGGGUUAUUUAGCCAUCUGAGGAGAGUCUUUGUAGCACAUGAUUCUCACAGCUGUCCAGAAUGGAACACUCACUUACACAUGCAUGUCAUGGAGCUGGAUCAAGGAGGAUUGGAAUGUCUCUGUCUGAGAAAAUUACCCUCCCCCCAUUUCUUCUGUUUACUAGUGAUGAUGAUGAUGAUGAUGAUGAUGAUGAUACUAUUCCACUACACGAAGAGAUCCUUUAACUUAUGAAAGACAUCAGAGACAGGCUUCUCCUUUCUUAGUCAUGUGAUUGAUUUGUGAUUCCUUAAUAACAUGGCUUAGGUGUGGGCCUGCCCGAAGGCUUUGGACCUUUCAGACUCCUUUAGAGCCCUCUAUUUCCAUAGUAGUUCUGAAAGGGACCAGUAUUAUUACUAUAUCCCUUUCUGAUUUCACAUUACUGACAGUUCCUAUGAGGCUUUUUGGAAAUUAAUAAAAUUAAAACCACUAGUUAGGUAACAGACUUCCUCCCCAUGUCUAGACCCCUUAGUAAUUUACACAUACUGGGUUCCAGAUAGCUCUAUUAUUUGGAGAGAUAUGCCAUGUCAAUUACAUUGUUGGUAUGUGAGACCCACCUAAGAGAUGUAUUCUAAGAAAGCCAUGGAUUCUUCAGUAAGAGUGCUGGAAUAUUUACUGACAGAUAUAGGUGUUUCUUUUGCCCUGUAACUUAAAGAUCUGUCUCUUAUUGUAAUAGGAAGAGUUUCCCAUCACCUGCUUUUCAGCACUACCAAACUAUCCACUUUCUUUCCAUAUGUCCAAGCACUCAAGCCACAAGUUCCCUAAGUUAACCCUUUUAUUAGUUCAGUGGGAAAAUGUCUUGAAUUCCCAUGGGACAGUCACUUUUUAUUAGCCUUAGCAUGGCACAACAGCUCUGGUUCUGCAAAUCUCUGGCCAUUUUUAGGCUGUUUUUAAUCAUAACAUUCAUAAAAUCUGUCUAGCUAUCCUGAUUGUUUCAACCAGUUGACAAAUAAUUAAUGUUACAUUUCAGUCCCUUUCACCCUUACCUACUGUAUGUAUACAUUUGUCCCUUUUUGGUGUAACUGAUUUGUACAUACUUUAUACCCUUAUUUUUUAUUUUGUGUUCCUUUGGAUGUGUGAGAAAUGAUCUGCAGAUGAAACACAGGGACUGUUAGCUGCUGUAAUGUCUGAAGGAAGCAAAGUGCAUUUCAGUGGCAAUGUUACAAAACAUGUUUCACAAUAACUACUUCAAAGCGCUUUGUGCUCAACACUAAAGCUAAGGAGAAAAAAAAAAUAAACAUGUAAUUUACUGAAGUGUUCCAAA